AUGUCUUACGACGACCGACGUGGGGACGAUUCUCGCGAAUACGGCGGUGGUGGUAGAGGUGGUGACAACUACUACGAUCAAAAUCAAGGCUUUGACAACAACCAGCAGGGCAGUGGCUACGGCAGCCAAGGUUACGGCCGUGGAGAUGAUGACGGUGGUCGACAACAAGGAGGUGGCUAUGGAGGUUAUGAGGGCCGACAAGAGAACCAGGAAGGAGGAUAUGGAGGUCAGGGAGGGUAUGGCGGUAAUUCUAGCAGUGGCUACGGAGGCAAUCGCUACGAAGGAGGCUCUGCUGGCGGCUACGGAGGAGGAUCCAGUGGUGGCCAUGGAGCUGCCUCUGCCGACUUUGACCAGGACGAAGUAAUGCGGCACAGCCAGCAACAGGGCAAUUCUGGAGAUUCGAAUCUCUUCUCUCAAGCCUUGUCUUAUCUGAGUAACAACAAGCAGAAUGUUCAGUCGGAAGACAUCGACGAGGACAGAGUUCAGCAAAGCCAUCAGCAGCUGUACCAGCAGGGCGGUGGUGGACAGCAGCACGAUGCUUCGAGCCUUGGAGCAGGAGCAGCGAUGCAAGCCUUGAAGAUGUUCAGUGGAUCUGGAGGAGGAUCGGGGGGAUCUGGAUCACAGUCUCAGAUGAUUUCAAUGGCCAUGCAGGAAGCAUCAAAGCUGUUUGACAAUCAAAGCAGUCAGGGCAAUGUGCAAAGCGGAACAAGCAAACAGUCGGCGGUCAAUCAGGCUGCGAAGAUGGCUCUGCAGAUGUACAUGAAGAACCAAGGGGGAGGUGGUGGUGGCGGUGGUGCUUCUGGUCUGAUGAGUCUGGCCAGCAAGUUCUUUGGCUAA